AUGGCUUUCUGGAGAGAAGUUGGCCAGCAAUUGCGCCGCCUACCUAAGACCGCCGCCGGGGAUAUUGGUUUGACUCAAUCGCGGAGAUGCCUGAGCUAUUCAAGGACAUGGAAGAACACUGGAAUCACAACACACCCUCGGGCCGAUACAAACACCCGGAAACCCAUUCAGUCAACAUGGCAAAGAUAUAACUCUGCCAGGCGCGCUUUCUCGGUGACUGCGCAAGCGGCACACGGACACAUCACGCCGCCAAAGGCCGGUGAAGAGAUCAACAUCACUUUCAUCGACAAGGACGGCACCAAGAUUGAUUUCCAGGUUGCCGAGGGCGACAACCUGCUUGACAUCGCUCAGGCAAAUGAUCUUGAGAUGGAAGGCGCCUGCGGAGGAUCAUGCGCUUGCUCAACUUGCCACGUGAUUGUGGAAGACCCGGACAUGUUUGAUAAAAUGGAAGAGCCAUCGGACGACGAGAACGAUAUGUUAGACCUUGCCUUCGGACUUACAGAGACCUCCCGCUUGGGCUGCCAGGUGAUCAUGACCAAGGACCUUGACGGACUGGUUGUGCGGUUGCCCUCCAUGACACGGAAUCUUCAAGCAAGCGACUUCGGCUCGAAAUAA